AACUGAAAUCAUUAUUAAGGAUGCAGCGGGUUUACUUGACAUAAGAGUUGGACCCAUUUUGACGGCAUGGAAACACGAUGAGGCUGAUUCUCUUUAUAUGGAAGAGGUUGAUAUUGGGCAAAAAGAUCAUUGUUCUUUCCAAUCUGAAGCCAAGGAAUAUGCGUGGUGUGAAGUCUUGCGGGAUGCUGAUGGCUGCUUCUGAUGACAAGCAUGAGAAUGUUGAACUUCUGUUCCCUCCUGAGGAAGCAAACCCUGGCGAAAGAAUAUGGUUUGGAUCAGAAGAUGAAAUGGAUAAUCAACCUGCUGCUGCCACUCCGAAUCAGAUACAAAAGAAAAAGAUAUGGGAAUUGGUGCAGCCUCAUCUUAAGACCGAUGAUUCGUGUAUUGCGAUGCUAGGGGUGGAUGUCAUACUGGGUUCAGUGGCAUGCCAGUCAUUGCGGAAUGCAAAUAUCUCAAUUUCUUAUUCUACACAACCGUUCUGGCACUGCCUAUCCUGUCUAACCCACUCUUUCGUUUGUUUCGCGUAACCCUCUUUACAAAAUCCAGACUCGGCCCUCUCUUUUGCAGCAUCCUUCCUUCUUCGUUUGUUUAUUGUCUCUCCAUCGCAAUGGUAAGCAUGUGCUUCUCUUUUUUUGAAUUGAAAAUGUGCCUUCUAUUGUUCACUGCCUGAUAUUUACAGUUUUAUUUCACCAUUGCUGUAUGUUUUCCAAAUGAUGUUUUUAAGAUGUAUGUGCUAAGGAUUUUUAAGAAAAAUUAAGCAAUUUCAGAAGAGAAAGAGGUAUACAUUUUUUUAAAAAUUGUUAGAUGGCCAUGUUAUUAUCAAAUAUCAUAUGAUACUUUCCGUUUGUUGUGAAGUUCUUUUUUUUCCGUUUGCAAGGCUAUGUUAUUCUCCUUGAAUAUUUUCCGUUUGUUGUAUUGUUCUUUUUUUUUUUUUUCCAUUUUGAAGGCUAUGUUGUUCUCCCUGAAUAC